AUGGUGAUUUUAGCCAAUUUACAAGUUUACAUUUUGAUUUUCCCAUUUCAAGUUUUGUGCUUUGAAAUUCAAGCUGGAUCUUAUAUACAAACGUCAAUGUUUUAUGAACCUAGUACCUGUCAUCAAAGUGCAUUUAAUAAUUUUCUGUUGUCAAUCCAAGAAGUUUCUGUAAAAAAAUGUAGUUUGAGAUGUUCGGUAACGUUAAAUUGUAGGAGAUUUAUGUUUGAUGUCAAAACUAAAAAUUGUUUUUUAUAUGAAUCUGGUGAAAAUUGUUUUUCUGAUGGAAAUAUUGGAGAUAAGCGCUGUUAUAGACAGAGGUGGCUGUGUACAGAAGUAAACUGUGUAAGAUGUCCCAUUGGUUAUUAUGGUGAUGCAUGUCAACAUAUUAUACAAGAUUGUUCCGACCAAAACUUGACUUUAUCAACUGCUUCGUCAUUUAUUAAGUCGUACAUCAGACCAGCUAGUAAUGGAGUUAUAUUGGAAGCUAAAUGUGUGUAUAAACCAGGUAUAUUCCAAGCUACUUUAAUCCAAUCCCGAGAUAAUAAUUGUAGCGAAGUCAGUUUCACCAAAACUUGGGACGAGUAUGCUAAUGGAUUCGGUUACAUACACAGUGAAUAUUGGCUUGGGCUUAACCAUGUGUAUAACAUCCUACAGAAUCAUCCAUCGUUCCAAUUUUAUUAUCGCAUGACAUCUUUAACAGAGACAAAAACUGGAAUUCACCACAACUUUAGCAUAUCAAAUGCUGCUAAUAGUUUCCGAGUGAUAUCUGCAUUUGAUUUAAGUCAAAAUCCAAGACCUAUUGUCAACAGAUUAUUUUCAACAUAUGAUGCAGACAGCACGAAUAACAAUUGUCCAAACAGAUUUAAAGGUGGAUGGUGGUUUGCAGAUGGUCCUAAUUGUAAUUUAGCAAAUCCAAAUGGAAAGCGAAAUGAUUCUGUUUUUGAAGCUAAUAUACACUGGUUGGUACAAUUUCAACAGACAGAUAAAAUCAUACAGUGUAUCGUUGUGGCUUUACACAUUAUAUAUACCCCCGAUGUACCUCCAACAUAUCACAUUUGUCAGGUCGUCAAUUACAAUGGAAGAAACGAUGAUGGUCAAGUAUGUCCAGGGUGA